AUGUUGCAAUAUCAGGCACCAAGUGAAACACUGGUUCUCAGAAAACGUAUGUUUUCAAAGCACUUUCUUAUGCGGUUAGCGAUGUACCUUUAGUUUAACACCAUAUGACAAAACGCAGCGUCUGCUGUGCUACCGCCUGCCACGCCAGAUGCCAACGCCUGUCGUUUCUUCUACCUAGUACUCGGACUUUGUUUAUUACUUUCACAACCUGUGGUGUACUCAGAAGACUCAGUUCUUUCUUGAAAUACAAGCAGGAUAACUUUCGUUUAAACUUUAAGAGGCAAUGUCUGAGAACCUCGAAAUUCGCUAAUUACACCAGGUCACUAAAAAUUCAGAAUGCUUCAAUUUGUCUCAUAUUAUACCUAAUGGGUACUUACAUAACAGUGAUACAUCAGACAAGUUUUGGUCCGGCUCCUUGGUCCCUAGUCCGAUCACGGUCACAAAAUAGGUCAAACCUGUAACUAAUUUCAAAAAAAUGCUAGCGUCUCAGACUCAACGCCAUUCGAUUUCUCGCAUCUUUUUAAGCAUUUUUCAUGUUGGCACCAAAAAUUUAUCACCUUUCCUUCAUGGAGAAAUUUCGGAUUUUUCGUGAAAAAGUUGAGUUGUUGUGCAGUUUUUCCUCCGUGGUGAAAAAUUUUUUUUGCACUUCAUAGCCACGAUUUUAUUUCAAAUUCAUAAUCUACGGACAAUUUUACGUCGAUAUACCAUACUGUCGCACAUUUGCCGAUUGACAUCAAAGGAGUUUUUUUCAAAAGUUUGAUCCGGUCUCAAAAAAAGUUUCUGUUCUGCUUUUGGAAAAACUUACAGAAACAAGGGAAUUCCUGUUUAUAGACGUUUUUUUCAUGCUAAAAAAACUGUAAUUCUGUUAUGUAUUCGUCAGGUACAGCUUUGUAAACGUAGCGUUUAAAAACAUGUUGAAAUUUUUUUGUCAGCCGGAUAGAUUUUUUUCGAGAUGUGUUCGCUUUUACCCAAUAUUUUAUGCUUUCUCUCGUUUUUAUUUUUCAAUGUUCAUCUUACUUUUUGUGAAGCAUUUAUUUGGUCGUUCUCCGAUUGAUUCAAGAACGGUAAACAAGAAGUACAUAUUAUAGGGGCACCGCACAGAAAUGGCGCUCUGUUGAGAAACUCUUUUUGCAGUUCAAAUUGAGCGACCUCGGGACCGAGUUUGAAAAGUUAGGCCAUAUUUUCAGUAGAAAAUUACUUCGCGGCCUAGAAAUUCGACCAGAUUGCGAACAGCGCGCCUUUUUCCGUCCGGUGCCCCUAUAAUACACAUGGGGCAACACUCAACAACAAAAAAAUACAUCAAAUAGGUAUAAAAAGCACAAAGCAAAUUUUUGUGUAGCUAUUCUUCUUACUAUUUUUCAAACUGCUGAUAUUAUUAGAUGGUCAAUAUUACAGAUUAUAAUGAAACUCAUUGUAUUCCUGAUUGUACAGUUGCUCUUGCAGUGGUCAAUUUGUUCCGUAAAGUAAUUUGAAGUCAUUGACUGGAACAUACGAGUUCCAACAUGCCGGAUACACUUCAACUGUGAUUGGGUCUAUUGAUGAAGAACGAAAUGCUGUACUGUCGCAGAAGCAGACCAAGUUUUUGGUACUUUCCGGAAUGUACUAAGUCAACUGAUUCUCAAAAACACUGCUUGCAUUGAAGAAGAAGAUGAAAAAUGAAGUGGAAAGCGAUGAAGUGAGACCGCGGUACGAAGACGCUUUGGAAAAAGAUAUUUACAUGCCCAGAGGAAGGAUGCUCAGCUACAUUUUUGAGAUAUUCAAGCGUGGUCAAGCAUGUUGAACGUGGACAACAUAUGAUUCGACCUGAACGGCAGACACUUCGUGAUUUUUCAUUGAAAUAAUUUAUUCGUGGUUUGGAAGAAGUGGUCAAAAAGUUGCCCAAUAAUUUCGAAUGCUGUGAAAAAACUGAAGGAGACGAACGAGAAGACGGAAUUGGAGGACGGAUGGGUACUUCAAGUAAGAAAUGUCAACAUGCGGAUCCGAGAAUUGUUGAAAAGAGAAUGGCAGAAGCUAGAAAUCCGGACGGUUCUAAGCGGUUUUCAGUGGAUCAAAGGAAAGACUUCCGUCAGAUUGCCGGGUUCUUCUCCCGUGAAGCAGCGAAAAGGCAAUCAAAAGCAGCAUGAUCGCGACGCGCUCAAGAAAUGAAGGAUGACUCGUGGAAGGAUGUAGUUUUUUUCACUGAAAAAUGUGGCCUAACUUUCAAACUCGGUCCCGAGGUCGCUCAAUUUGAACUGCAAAAAGAGUUUCUCAACAGAGCGCCAUUUCUGUGCGGUGCUCCUAUAAUAUGUACUUCUUGUUUACCGUUCUUGAAUCAAUCGGAGAACGACCAAAUAAAUGCUUCACAAAAAAAGUAAGAUGAACAUUGAAAAAAAUAAAAAAACGAGAGAAAGCAUAAAAAUAUUGGGUAAAAAGCGAACACAUCUCGAAAAAAAUCUAUCCGGCUGACAAAAAAAUUUCAACAUGUUUUUAAACGCUACGUUUACAAAGCUGUACCUGACGAAUACAUAACAGAAUUACAGUUUUUUUAGCAUGAAAAAAACUUCUAUAAACAGGAAUUCCCUUGUUUCUGUAAGUUUUCCAAAAAGCAGAACAGAAACUUUUUUUGAGACCGGAUCAAACUUUUGAAAAAAACUCCUUUGAUGUCAAUCGGCAAAUGUGCGACAGUAUGGUAUAUCGACGUAAAAUUGUCCGUAGAUUAUGAAUUUGAAAUAAAAAUCGUGGCUAUGAAGUGCAAAAAAAUUUUUCACCACGGAGGAAAACUGCACAACAACUCAACUUUUUCACGAAAAAUCCGAAAUUUCUCCAUGAAGGAAAGGUGAUAAAUUUUUGGUGCCAACAUGAAAAAUGCUUAAAAAGAUGCGAGAAAUCGAAUGGCGUUGAGUCUGAGACGCUAGCAUUUUUUUGAAAUUAGUUACAGGUUUGACCUAUUUUGUGACCGUGAUCGGACUAGGGACCAAGGAGCCGGACCAAAACUUGUCUGAUGUAUCACUGUUAUGUAAGUACCCAUUGGGUAUAAUAUGAGACAAAUUGAAGCAUUCUGAAUUUUUAGUGACCUGCAGUUUUUGAACUUCUCAGACAUUGCCUCUUAAAUCCUCCUUUUCUUUCUCUCAUAUAUUCUAGUUGCAGGAGUCAUCAGUGUCAUGAAGUGGUUCAUCCUCAUUCUUUUUCUACAUGCACUUGCCGUGGCAGACCAGAUCUCAGAGCAACUAUGCGCUUCUCCUAAUGCCCAGCAGAGUUGUGGACAAUGUAUCAAAGCUCAUGCUGACUGUGCUUGGUGCAUAGACCCAGUAUGUCUAGUUGAAACCUUUUCAUUUCUAUUUUUUAAUUUUCAGCACUCUACUCUGAUCGACCGGUGUCAGUUAAGAACCAAGUUCACCAACGAAACGUGUACACCUCAUUUGAUAUACUCUCCGCAAAUUGCACAGACAAAGGUUCAACAGGUAAUCAUAGAUUUUACUGCGUUCUAAACUGUGUUGUCAAUUUAGAAUUUACCUCUUGAAACAAAACAGCAUGAUGGAAAGACGUUUGUGCGGUUGCAACCUCAGGCUGUUUCAGUCCGUUUGAUGCCCGGUUGGUUGAUUUUUCCGCAUUCUAUUGCUCUUUUCAAGUCUUCAGGUCACUCUUCUACUGUUUCUUUCAAAUACCUACAUCAAACUGACCCAAAACGUCGACCUGCUGAGCCAGAGGUUAUGGAAAUUCAAACAUCGGAUGUCAGAGAGUUACCACUCGCACUUAAAUUUUUUUUAGAUUGCGACGGGUUUGUUGAUUCUUUUGUGUAUUAUAUGUUUCAGUCUGUUUUAAGAGAGUUGAAGGAAACAAAGUCGUGCGCAGUAAAGAACAAUCAAAUUAUUGAGUUCAAAAUUGAGGUGAGACCGGAGAAUUCAUCGUGAAAUCAAAACGAUAGUCAUGCAGAUUUUUGUAAACUCGUGUUCAAAAACUGGAGAUAUCACAUUGUCGGUCGGAGUGUUAGGACAACGAACAAUUGCUGGGCUCUACGUCACAACAAUCUGCGGUUGCGAGUGUGAAAAACACCCGGUUAGAUAAUUCUUACUUUUGUGAAAAAAACCGGAAAACUGUUCAGGAGAUCAACUCGAGAUUGUGUCAUCAGAAUGGCCAUCUGGUGUGUGGUCAGUGUGUCUGUGACCAAAACAGAGGUGGAAACAAGUGUGAAUGUCCAUUGGCUCUGCAUGGAGUCACUUCAGCUCUUGCUCUUGAGGACAAAUGCAGAUUGUAUCAGAGAAAUUGUUUUAUAAUGAAAACUGUUAUUUUUAGCAACUCAACACAACCCGUUUGUGGCAAUGUCGGCAAAUGUAAAUGUGGACAGUGCGAAUGUUCCAAGCCAACGGUAAGGCUAAUGCCAAAAAGUAUAACCAACGUUUUCAAUUUGUAUCUUCUUGUACAGACAACCGGAAAGUAUUGUCAAUGUGACAAUGAUAGCUGUCCCGUCUCCCCCAACGGAAAAAUCUGCUCAGGAAACGGUGUGUGUGAUUGUGGAAUUUGCAAGUAA